GAGCGCGGGAGGCCGCUGGGCAAUGGCUGAGCCGGAGCGCGCGCGGAGCAGGCAGUGAAGCCGCGCAGAGAUCCGCCGCCAUCCGCGCCGCGCACCCGGUGAACUGAGGUGACGUGCCACUUGAUCUGCACCAUGUUCCUUUAUAACCUAACUCUGCAGCGGGCCACUGGUAUCAGCUAUGCCAUCCAUGGCAAUUUUUCAGGUACCAAACAGCAAGAAAUUGUUGUUUCCCGAGGAAAAAUCUUGGAGUUGCUUCGUCCUGACCCAAACACUGGAAAGGUUCAUACCUUGCUAACUGUAGAAAUUUUUGGAAUCAUUCGCUCCCUCAUGGCCUUCAGGUUAACUGGUGGAACCAAAGACUACAUUGUAGUGGGCAGUGAUUCAGGCCGCAUUGUUAUCCUGGAAUAUCAACCAUCUAAAAAUGUGUUUGAGAAGAUUCACCAGGAAACCUUUGGCAAGAGUGGCUGUCGCAGAAUAGUUCCUGGACAGUACUUGGCUGUGGAUCCUAAGGGACGAGCUGUUAUGAUCAGUGCCAUUGAGAAGCAGAAGCUGGUGUACUUCCUGAACAGAGCUGCUGCCGCUCGGCUCACAAUUUCUUCCCCAUUAGAAGCCCACAAGACCAACACUUUAGUCUACCACGUAGUCGGAGUAGACGUUGGGUUUGAAAAUCCCAUGUUUGCUUGUCUGGAAAUGGAUUAUGAGGAAGCUGACAAUGACCCCACAGGAGAAGCAGCAGCCAACACCCAGCAGACGUUGACGUUUUAUGAGUUAGAUCUGGGUUUGAACCAUGUCGUCAGAAAAUACAGUGAACCCUUGGAAGAACAUGGCAACUUCCUUAUAACAGUGCCUGGAGGCUCUGAUGGUCCCAGUGGAGUGCUGAUUUGUUCUGAAAACUACAUCACCUACAAAAACUUUGGUGACCAACCAGAUAUUCGAUGUCCCAUUCCCAGGAGAAGGAAUGACUUGGAUGACCCCGAAAGAGGCAUGAUCUUCGUCUGCUCUGCUACACACAAGACCAAGUCUAUGUUCUUUUUCCUGGCUCAGACGGAGCAGGGAGAUAUCUUCAAAAUCACCUUGGAGACUGUCAAGGCCCUUACCUUUUUUUCCUCAGCUAAACAGCGUCAGGUUAGUAGCGUUGUGCUCUGCCUCAGACUGAGGCUCCGAACCCGAGCUGAGGAGGGCUGCUUCGGCCUGCUUCGGCUCGGUUCUCAGAUGGUUCUGGCAAAGCCCCAGGCGGCCCGAAGCCAAAGCCAAUUAGCCCCGAAGCCUCAGGCCGCCUUGGUGCUUCGGAGCCAGCCCUCGGCGGGUCCCAUACCUGCUACCAUCCACCGUCGCCGCCUUCUUGCUUCUGGUGGCUUCCAGUGCCGCUGCCACAAAUGA